AGUAAUUGCAUUAUAACUUGGUGAACCAUGUCUUUACAAGGUAAUACGUCAAAUAAUCAAAUACACAUACACGACCCCCACAUUUUUGGCACUGCUGUGCAGACCCAAAAUGCCACAGAAGUGACAGAAUUUGUUUUUGUUAUGUUUAACUUCUCUUCCUAUCUUCAGUACUUUGUAUUCUCAAUUUUCUUGUUUUUAUAUACUCUUCUUCUAAGUGGAAACAUAAUGAUCAUGCUGACCAUCAAGAAAGACUAUCGCCUUCAUAACCCAAUGUACUUCUUCCUAGGUAAACUUUCUUUCAUCGACCUCUGCUACUCCUCUGUAACUGUACCCAAGAUGUUGGUAGAUUUCCUAUCUAGCAGGAAAACCAUUUCAUUUAGUGGCUGUAUCACACAGCUUUACUUCUUUCACUUAUUUGCCUGUGCAGAAUGUUUUAUUUUUACAGCUAUGGCAUAUGAUCGGUAUGUAGCAAUUUGCAAACCUCUACAGUACUCCGUCAUUAUGAACAAACAGUUGUGUCUGUGGUUGGUCGCAGCAACUUGGGCUAUUAGCUUUGUCCACUCCAACAUUCAGACAACACUAACCAUGGGACUGCCAUUCUGUGGUCCUAAUACAAUCAAAAGCUUUUUUUGUGACAUCCCUCCUCUAAUCAGGCUGGCCUGUACUGACACCACCAUGAUUGACGCCAUGAUAGUUGCCAACAGCGGCGUUGUAUCACUGGGAUGCUUUUUAACAGUUGUAAUAUCCUAUAUCGGUAUUGGCAAAGCUAUCUUCAAAAUAAAAACAGUUGAAGGGAGACGCAAAGCUUUUUCAACCUGUAUCUCGCAUCUUACAGUGGUGACCUUUUUCUUUGGACCUUGUGUCUUUAUUUACAUGAGACCAUCAAAAAGUUUUCAAGCUGAUGAAGCGGUGAUGGUGUUCUAUACUAUCAUAGCACCCAUGCUGAAUCCUUUUAUCUACACUUUGAGGAAUGUGGAAAUGAAGAAUGCAAUGAAAAAACUCUGGGGCAGGAAAACUUAAUAAAUAAAUAAUUAUAAUACUAAUGAUAAAUAUGUUUGAUAUCAGUGGUGGAAAACUGCUUUCUCUAUAGCUCAUAUAUUUAGUAAAAGAGAAUAUACUGUAUUUAUCGGCAUAUAACACACACUUUUCCCCCCUACAAAUCAGGGGGAAAUCAUGUGUGUGUGGUAUACGCCGAUUCCUGCUGCCUCGGAGUGGAAGGAGGGGACGAGUGCCACUGGAUUACACACAGCCACAAUCUCCUGUGUAUCCGGCACUCAAUCACACACAGUCCCACCCCCCUGGCCCGGCAUUGGACCACUGUUCUGUCUAUCAUAUGAGCCGAGCGGAACUGUAAGUGACUGAGCGCUGGGUACACAGGAGAUCGCAGAUCUGUGUAAUCUAGCUCUUGCGAAGGUUGCAAUGAUCGGCAAAGGCGAGGCUGUAGAUAGACACUAAGCAGGCUGCAAUGAUGGGCAUGUUAGAGGCUGCAGAUAGGCACAAAACAGACUGCAAUGAUGGGCAUGUUAGAGGCUGCAGAUGUGCACUAAACAGACUGCAAUGAGGGGCACAUUAGUGGCUGCAGAUGGGCACUAAACAGGCUGCAAUGAUGGGCAUGUUAGAGGCUGACGAUGGGCACUAAACAUGCAGCAAUGAUGGGCAUAUUAGAGGCUGCAGAUGAGCACUAAA